AUGGCAAUUUGCAAAUGGGCUGGAUACCCUGAUCUUUUCAUCAGAUUUACUUGCAAUCCAAAAUGGCCAGAGGUUGCUAGAUUUGGGAAGUGUAGGCAAUUGUCUGCAGAAGAUCGUCUAGACAUUUUAACAAGGAUUUUCAAAAUCAAAUUGGAUCAAUUGCUAAAAGAUCUACGAGACAAUAAAGUUUUUGGUGAAGUAAAAGCAGUAGAAUUGCCUGACAAUUUAGUUGAUCCUCAAUAUUAUGCGGCUGUUACAAAUUUAAUGAUUCAUGGACCAUCAAGAAAAUCUUCUCCUUGCAUGCAAAAUAGCAAAUGUACAAAGCACUUUCCAAAAAAAUUUGUGGAUUCAACCACAGUUGAUGAUGAAGGGUAUCCUAUAUAUAAAAGAAGGGAUAAUGGAAAAUCUACAAAGAGAGCAGGUAGUGAUUUAGAUAAUAGGUAUGUUGUGCCACACAAUAGAUUCUUAUUAUUGAAAUAUGGUGCACAUAUUAAUGUGGAAUGGUGCAACCAAUCAAGGUCCAUUAAAUACUUAUUUAAGUAUGUUAAUAAUAAAGGCCAUGAUCGUGUAACCGCUGCUUUUUCUCAAAGUGGAAAUACUGAUGACUCAAGAAUUAUUGAUGAAAUAAAUAUGUAUUGUGAUUGUCGGUAUAUAUCGCCAUGUGAAGCAGCUUGGAGAAUUUUUAACUUCCCGAUCCAUCACAGAGAACCAUCUGUAGAAAGGUUAUCCUUUCAUUUGGAAGGCAAUCAAAAUGUCAUAUUUUCAAAUGAUGAUCGGAUUGAUGCAGUAGUUAACAGACCAACUGUAAAGGAAUCAAUGUUUUUAAAGUGGUUUGAGGCAAAUAAGGAAUUUCCUAAAGAAAGAGAGCUAACAUAUGCAAAAUUUCCUCUAAAGUUUGUAUGGAAUCAACAAUCGAAGAAAUGGAAAAAAAGACAAACAUCUGCAUUUUCUAUUGGCAGAAUUUUCUUUGUUCCCCCGGGAUCUGGAGAGCAAUAUUACCUUAGAUUGUUGCUGAAUGUUAUUAAAGGUCCAACAUCCUAUGAGGAUCUUAGAAAAAUAAAUGGUCAUGAUUAUAACACUUUCAGGGAUGCAUGUUAUGCUUUAGGUUUAUUGGACGAUGACAGAGAGUAUGUGGAUGCUAUAGUGGAAGCAAAAUUUAACCUAGCAGAUGAUGAUCUGAAAAAUCUUUUCUUGCAAAAGAUUGAGCACUUUUUAAAAGGUUAUGGAAGAAGUUUUCUUGAUUUUCCAACAAUGCCAAUGCCUGUAUAUAACGAGGAAGAGGUUGACCAGAAUAAUAGAUUAAUCUGUGAUGAAAUGCGUUAUAACAGACGAGCUUUAGCAGUGGAACAUUAA